AUGUUGCUGCUCAAAACCUUGGGAAUCGCUCUCAUCUUGGGUCUCGCAACGGCCGAUAAGUGUUCGGAUUGUCUGGCACAAGGGAAACACUGGUGCGUCACAGUCAAUUCUUGCGGUUUCACACCAUGUGUUACUACAAUUACGAAAGCUCUAAACUGCCCAGAACUGCCUGAUAAGGCGCAUGCAUAUGAUGAUAGCUUCAUGCGGAAUAAGGUCUUUAUCACUCACUCGGCCGCCUAUAAUAUGGACCCACAAAAGUGUUUUACCAGCAAAAUGCCAUCGAUGAAGGUGUCAAAAGUGGUGAAUGUGAAUUGUGAUCGAUAUGGACCAAAAGCCAUGUGUUUCAGCUUCACUGCUUACGACACCACGCAAAGAGUGAUUGCGUUGACUUUCAGAGGAACUGAAGGUGGCACACAGCUCACUGAGGAAAUCCUAGACUUUUUCCACGGCAAAAAGGCGUUUUUCGAUUCUGGAAACGUUUUCGAGUAUUUCUACGACGCUUUCUUGUUCCAAUGGAAUGCGGGAUUGUCUCAGGACUUGAGAAAUUUGAAGUAUAAAUAUCCAGAUUACGAAAUCUGGGUCACAGGACACUCAAUGGGCGGAGCCAUUGCAUCAAUUGCAGCGUCGUAUCUCGUGAAAACUGGAUUAUACACUUCGGAUAAGAUCAAACUGGUCACUUUGGGACAGCCGAGAACCGGAGAUUAUGCAUUUGCCCAGUGGCAUGAUGCCACAUUCCCCUAUUCUUUUAGAAUCGUCCAUCACAGAGAUAUCGCCGCCCAUAUCCCACCAAUGGAGGGCCAGGAUGAACUUUUCCAUCAUCGUACUGAAGUCUGGUACAACAACAACAUGACCGUCGGCAUGCCAUAUACGCUGUGUGCAGAGGCUGAUGGAUUGUACUGUAGUGCAAGACAACUGGAUUACAGUGCUGAGGACCAUAUCUGGUAUUUUGGAAUCAAUUUUGUCGAUUGGGGAGCUGCUGGAUGUCCUUAA